AUGGGGUCUGCUAGAAAGUUGAAGGCUUGUUAUGCCUGCACAAGCGGAAAACGACGAUGUGAUAAGGCUCAGCCAACGUGUGGCCGCUGUGAAGAUCGAGAUAUCGAUUGUCAUUACCCUCCCACAAAGAGGAGGAGAGGAAAUACGUUCGAGGACGGCUGCAGCAACGCCCCUUGCCAAUCUUCAACCAAUGACGGCACAUUGGAUUCUACGACGAUUACCUUCUCAAACGAGGCUGAGGAUCUUAUCGACUUGAAUCAUACCACGGCGCUCUCGAGUCCAGCCAACAGUCUCGGAUUCUUUUUUGCGCCCGAAUCUUGGACAAUACGCCAUCUUUCGCUUAAUGCCCCGACAUUUUCUUCAUCUGUUUGUAUGAACUAUAUACGCGGGAUACAAACAUGGUUCACCGACUGGGUUGUCCACUGUCACAGUCCCUUCAUUCAUCGCCAACUAUACGCUGACACAGGGUUCCCCAACUCUAUUCAAGACGCCUUCACCGCAAUUUCAGUACACAACACCAAAACACCAGCCAAUGAGGCCGCCAUCGAUGAGAUCCUCGAGGCCCGGGUUGCAUCACUUCUCAAAUCAUACCAAGAUUCCUAUCCAAGUAGUAGCCAGGGCAUUGGGGUGUCUCGCGCCCUUGAGACACGAGAGCACUUGGCUCGUACACAGUCCUUGCUUGUAUACCUAGUCCUGGGCUUGUUUUCGCCUUCCAUAAGGGCUCGAGCUAAUGCCGAGAAGCGCGUUCAGACUCUCCUUCACUGGACCCGCCAGCUUUGGGAUGCUGCCCCUCGCGACCCGGAUAUCUGCCAAAGCCCAGAAGGCGAUUUGACAGCAUUAACGAGCGCUUCAGCAGCGGAUGAGUUCUUUGACGGCGAUCCCUUACCACGAUUAUGGCGAUCCUGGGUUCUCUCAGAGAGCAUACGGCGGACCUGGCUUCUAGCAACCUCGAUGAUAGGAGUCUAUCUCACGAUACGGCAAGCAUGGGCAGAGUGUCAGGGUGGCAUCCAGUUUACAGCCAGUGCAAACAUCUGGGACGCAGAAUCUGCCUCCAGUUGGGCAAAAGAGUGUCGAAAUGCCGAUCCACUCUUCAUUUGUAGCUUGGACGGUGAAAGCCUGUUCCGCAGCGCAAAGGCUGUUGAGGUUGACGAAAUGGCGAGAAACCUCUUUACCAUCAUGUGGGGAGCUGAAAGGGUUGAGGCUUGGGUAUCUAGAACAGCAAGUGACAAAGAUGGCGUGCGUUUAACGUAUUGA